CUAAGGGGCCAGAGCCGUGAGCGCGGUGCUGACUGCGCGGCGGAGAGAGCCAGCGGGAACCCAGACACAGGAGCCCCCGUCUCGCCCGGCCUGGCCAGGCCCCGCGCUAUGGAGUUCCUCUGGGCCCCUCUCUUGGGUCUGUGCUGCAGUCUGGCCGCUGCUGACCGCCACACCGUCUUCUGGAACAGUUCAAACCCCAAGUUCUGGAGUGAGGACUACACAGUACACGUGCGGCUGAAUGACUACCUGGACAUCAUCUGUCCGCAUUACGAGGAUGACUCUGUGGCAGACGCUGCCAUGGAGCGAUACACUCUGUACCUGGUGGAGCGUGAGCAGUACCAGCUGUGCCAACCCCUCUCCAAGGACCAGGUCCGCUGGCAGUGCAACCAGCCCAGUGCCAGGCAUGGCCCGGAGAAGCUAUCUGAGAAGUUCCAGCGCUUCACACCCUUUACCCUGGGCAAGGAGUUCAAAGAGGGACACAGCUAUUACUACAUCUCAAAACCCAUCCACCACCAAGAAGACCGGUGCUUGAGGUUGAAGGUGACUGUCGACGGCAAAAUCACUCACAGUCCUCAGGCCCAUGCCAAUCCCCAGGAGAAGAGACUUCCAGCAGAUGACUCGGAGGUGCAGGUUCUACAUAGCAUUGGUCACAGUGCCGCCCCCCGCCUCUUCCCACUUGCCUGGGUUGUGCUGCUCCUGCCAUUCCUGCUGCUGCAAACCCCGUGACGGUGUAAACCACAUCUGGCCUAAAGAUUGGAACUGGGCUGAGGAGGCAGGGGCAGGCACCCAGCACCUGUCCUGGGGCCCCUCCCAAAGCCACAGUCUUGGGAACCACUCCCGCCACAUGCACAAGCUGCCACCCAGCAGCCUCAAAACGGGUCAGUAUUAACGGUUUCCAUCCAAAGGAAGUCGGCAAGCCUGGCAGUGCCAUCCACACCUCCACCUCAGAGGGAUGGACAGAGAAGUGGGGACAGUCCUUUUCCCACCAUUUCUGCUCUUAAGCCAAAGAAACAAGCUGUGCAGACACGGCCUCUUAAGAAGGGCACUGUGGGAGCUGAGCUGGAAGGGGCCUGGGGUCAUGCGGAUGGACACUGAACUGGCAAAGUCACCCCUCCCAGAGAGAACCAAGAUGCCCAGAUGAACUGACUGAAGGAAAAGCAAGAGGCAGUUCCUGCUCGGGAGCCAGGGACAGGAGGGGCAGCAUGCUUGGGCUGACCCGGCAUCUCCCCCGAGACUCCGGUCUGUGGAGCUGCCGUGGAGAGGUUUGUAGCCAAGCACUGCAUCCUCUCCCAUCCUGGGGCAGCACUCCCCAGAGCUGUGCCAGCAGGGGGGCUGUGCCAGCUUACAGUGUAGCUGAAAGGGCAGUGCCCAUGUGCACAGAGUCUGUGCCUAGAGUGUAGCCUGGAGGGCAGGGCCCACAUGUACAGGAUCUGUAUAUAAACUUUCUGUGUGUCUGUUCCGAUUUCUAUAAUUGGAUUUUUUUUAUACAAUGUUCUUUGUCUCAAAAUAAAGCAAUGUGUUUGGUUUUUUUGGA